UUAACAUUGCGUUAACAGGCGAAUGUUUUUUACAUCAGACUGUCUUUUGUCUUUUCUUUGUGAAAAUUAGUAGUACUUUAGUUUAAUUCGAAAUACUAAUUAAAUACACUAAUGUCGGACAACCAGGACAAAGAAGAAACAUUGGCCAGUUUCCAGAUGAUAACUGGAAUAGAGGAUGUUGGCGAGGCCUUCUCCCACCUGGAGGCAUCCAAUUGGGAUCUUGUGGAGGCACUCAGCCGUGUCAUGCCACACGACGAUGAGCCCCUGGACAAUCCCAUACAUACACCAGAGCCGCCAGCACCGGAUCCGGUGGCAGUCGCAUCGGCGUCAUCAAAUCCAAAUUCCAAUGGCUUUAGGCCUUUCAACUUUGACGAGCUGCCAGGUCCCUCGCAGGGUGCACGCAUGUUUCCAAGUAAGUUCGCUUCUCUUCUUCUCCUGGCUCCUAAAUGAAUAUAUAUCCAUCUAUCUACUGUAGCCUCACAAAUGCUGGCCCAGCUGACGUCGAGCAUUAACUUGGAUCCCUCCAGGCAGAAUAAUAACCAAAACAUCUUCACAUUCAACAUACACUUUAACCAACAGCUCUAUCAAAUUCGCAUGCAGCCAAAUGCAACUAUAGAACAAUUGAAACGCAAGAUCUUUGAGGUGACAAAUGUGCCACAAUGCCGCCAGGCCCUACGCGGCUGGCCGCCGACCAGAGCCAGCGAUGCACAAAUACCAGAGACUCAGCUUUGCACAUUAGAUUUGGCGCCCGAAAGCGAGCUCAUACUCGUGGAUCUAACCGAUGAUGGUUUCAUGGAUACCGAACAGGAUGAGGUAACACAGCGUUUGGACAAGGUAUUCAAAAUCCAUAUUGUGGAGGAGGGCGGACCAGAGGCACGCAGGCUAACACUCAAUUUUCCCGGACGCACAACCAUCCAAGAACUGAAAACGAAUGUUUACUACAUUACCAGUAUACCAGUUAGGCAUCAGGAGUGGUCCGGCUGGCCCAGCGGUUGUGAUAACGAUACCAAUUUAGCGCAAUCGGGCAUCGAGCAAACGCACGAUUUUGUGAUUCGCAACAUUGCGGAUCGAACAUCAAAUAAUUCCAAUUUGCUGGCCAACACUGAAGUCGUUACCCUCGACAGCGAGAGCUCAGCGGAUGAGUUUGAGGAUGCCACAGAUUUUAAUAACUCGGAGUACAUAUUCUCAGAUUCGCCGCCCGUACAGCCGCUCAACAGGCAUUUGAUACCCAAUAACACGAACGAUGAGACGAGUGGCUCCACACAAUUUGUGGAUAACUAUAAACAACGUUUUGGUGAGCCAUAUCCGGACUUUUAUGUGGGCAGCUUAGAGAGCGCCUUGCGGCUGGCCUGUCACAAGCCCGCCAAGGAGCGCAAAUUGUUGGCCAUCUAUUUGCACCAUGGCGAGAGCAUACUCACAAAUGUAUUCUGUGAUCAUCUCAUGAAGGACGAGGCCAUCAUACAGACAUUCAGAGAGAACUUCGUGCUCUAUGGCUGGGACAUGACAUACGAGAGCAACAAGGAUAUGUUCCUCUCCUCGCUGACGGCCUGCAUCAACAGCAACGCCUCAUUAACGGCCAGGAAUAUAAAACUUGACAAGCUACCCGCCAUUAUGCUAGUUGGCAAAAGCCGUCUCAUGGGCCGCCAAACAUGCGAGGUCUUAUCUGUGAUUCAUGGCAACAUUGGUCUGGUUGAUCUGCAGUCGCGUCUGAUUGAGACGACGGUGAUGUAUGAGGAGCAGCUGCAGGGUGAAAUACGCGAGGAGAACGAGCGCGCUGCGCGUGAUCAGGUCAAAGCUGAGCAGGACAUGGCCUACGAGGAGACGCUACAGGCGGACAUGGCCAAAGAGGCAGCGAAACGUCAAAAGGAGGCCGCCCAGGCAGCCGAACGUAAACGCAUUGAAUCCGAGCGGGCCGAAGAAGAUGCUAGGCGCGAGUCCAUCAGAUUAGUGGCUAGUCAAGCGUUACCUAUGGAGCCUGCCGAGCACGAAGCAAACAUUUCCAAAAUACGCGUACGCAAGCCAACUGGCGAUUUUUUGGAGCGUCGAUUUUUUACGCAAGACACACUGCAGGAUUUGUUGAACUUUGUUACCGCCAGCGGUUUUCUUAUCGAUGAGUACAAGAUUAUUAGCAGUUGGCCGCGACGCGAUCUGACGGCCAUCAAUGCUGGCCAAACGCUGGAAACGCUCAAACUGUAUCCGCAGGAAACGGUCAUAUUGGAGGAGCGAUUUUGAUUUUGAUUAUGAUUAUGAUACUAAUUUCUGAUUCUGUUCGUUUUCUCAGUUUUUAAGCGUUUCGUUUACAUAUUGGGUUUAAGUUAUCUGCAUUAAUAAGUGAAAAAAUUUAGUCUUGUA